CCUGGGCCUAAUCCCUGGGAUAAGAAUGGUGGGUGCAAAGGCGGUCACAAGCCCCAGCACCUCCCUCCGCCUGGCACAGCAACGCAGUGGAGUCUGCAGUGUCAUAGUGUUCUGCUGUGGGCCUGCUCCCUGUACCUGCUGCUGCCAUCCUAGGUGGCCCCCUCUCACGGAGUCUCCUUGUAGCCGCCUGUUCUACAUCCUCCUCCAUGUGGGGACCUCAGCAGUCUGCUGCCUCCUGCUGUCAAGGAAGGUCGUGGAAAGAGUCUGGGGCAAGGCACGUGGGAUCCAGAUGCCCUCAGGGCUUUGUGCCCAUCUGUUUGGCCACUCUCACUGCCCAGUGCUCAGCGGCUCUGGGGCUGUAUACCGAGUAUGUGCAGGAACUGCCACCUUCCACCUGCUGCAGGCUGUGCUGUUGGUCGACCUCCACUCCCCCACCAGCCUGAGAGCACAGCUGCAUAACACCUUCUGGCUCCUCAAGCUGCUGUUCCUGCUAGGUCUCUGUGCUGUUGCCUUCUGCAUGCCUGAUGAGCAUCUCUUCCCAGCCUGGCAUUACAUUGGCAUCUGUAGAGGCUUCACAUUCAUCCUGCUGCAGUUGGUGCUUAUUACAGCCUUUGCCCAUUCCUGGAACAAGAACUGGCAAACAGGUGCAGCCCAAGACUGCCCCUGGUUCCUAGCUGUGCUGCUGACCACCCUAGGAUUCUACAGCAUGGCAGAUGUAGCAGCUCUGCUUCUGUUCCACUACUAACACCCAGAUGGCUGCCUGCUCAACAAGAUGCUGCUUAGUCUGCACCUUUGUUGCUGUGGUCUCCUCUCCUUCCUCUCCAUCGCUCCCUGCAUCCGCCUCAAGCAGCUCCACUCUGGCCUUCUACAAGCCUCUGUCAUCAGCUGCUCUAUCAUGUACCUGACAUUCUCUGCACUGUCCAGCCGUCCUCCAGAGAGUGUAAUCCUUCAAGGACAGAAUCACACUCUGUGCCUGCCUGGCCUGAGUAAAAUGGAACCCCCAACACCAGAUACUUCUCUGGCAGUGUUGAGUGCUGGCAUCAUGUAUGCUUGUGUGCUUUUUGCUUGCAAUGAGGCUUCCUACCUUGCUGAGGUAUUUGGGCCCUUGUGGAUUGUCAAGGUUUACAGCUGUGAGAUCCAGCCCUCACUCUGUUUCUGCUGCCCUGAAACAGUGGAGCCAGAGGAAGGGCAAAGAGGUGGGGCUGCCAGGCCAGCUAACCAAGAGACAGCUCCAGCUCCUCCAGUGCAAGCCCAGCAGCUUUCCUAUAGCUAUUCUGCCUUCCACUUCGUCUUCUUCCUUGCAUCACUCUAUGUCAUGGUUACCCUCACCAACUGGUUCAGCUAUGAGGGAGCGGAACUGGAAAAGACUUUCACCACAGGUAGCUGGACUACCUUCUGGGUCAAGGUUGCCUCAUGCUGGGCCUGUGUACUCCUCUAUCUGGGGCUGCUACUGGCACCAUUCUGUUGGUCCCCAACCCAAGAUCCCCAGCCUCCUCUUCAGGCGACACUGUCAUCGCGUCAGUAUUGCCAGAUAACAAAUAUCCAGUCUAGGUACUUUUAACAAACUGGGGUUCCCUUCAAGUUGUACCCCUAGUCUUGACUCACAGGAGCUGUCCAGCCCAACAAAUACCUCAAGGACAUAAUGGGUAGUUACCUCCCUUUAGGCUGAAGUCAGUAGUAUGUCUGACUUGAAAAAAGUGGCCAUACACACCCUAACGCCCUGGGCAGAGUAUCUGACUCGCUGGAGCUACCGUUAUGUAUUCACCCCAGCUCAAGAGCCUGACUCCCAAGUCAGCAGCUCAGGAACCAGCAGACAGUGCGGCACCAGCUCCUUCCUGGCUCUCAUGGUGGAGAUGGGGGCAGGGAAAGACCAACAGGGACUGAAGAC